UUAUGUCUAUUUUUUCAGUUCCAUUAAAAUCUGCGUAAUAGUAGUAACUGUAGUUGAAAUCGUCAUCAGACAUACCCUCGGUUACUAUCGAUUAAUCGAAAGUAUGGACAGCGUGAAAUGAACUAUCGAUAACAUCCACAAUGGCUACCGAAAUCAUCACUGUGUUGUUAUAUUUAUUACAUAUUAAGUUUCGUAUCAUUUAAUAAUACGCUUCGUGUGACCGUAGAAAUUUAAUACAACGAGAAUCAAAUACGGAAUCUGAUAAAGAAUUUUUUAAUUGGAAAAUAAAGGAACGAAAUGCGCGGAACAGCGAUUCAAAUAUUCAAUAUAUGCCGCGCGGAUGAAUACACGGAGCAGCGAUUGGUCGGAAGUUAGCAAACCAAUGGCAAACGACAAAGCGCGUUUCGCGCAUGUCACGUUAUUGGCCGCCGCAAGGUCUGGGUCUCAGGCCGCAGGGACGAGCCGGCAAGCGAUGCCGCCCGAUCGUCGUAGGUAGUCGUUUGAAGUCGUCGGUUGCUCGUGUUCUCAGUGUUUAGUGUUUAGUGACUCGUGAAAAAGAACGGUUUCGAGUUACUGGUUCGCGUGGUGCUCCGUUUUUCGCGGGAGAAACGUAAGAAAAGGAUGGCUACGGUAUGCUGUCGCGCUCUGUGCGUCGUCAAAUGGUAUGAGGUGUCCCGCGUGCUGAGUGUUUCCUCCACCCUGAUCACAACAAAAAGCUACCGAAACGAAACAUGGUGCAAAAGGUGGUGGCACAUUUCGCAGAGGAACGUUUCCUCGACAAAGUCUUACUUCCCACCGAGUUUAAGUCCGAUCCUAGCGAAAGGAAUGGAAGACUCGUCGAAGGAAAAGAAAGCAACAAAAUCAACGAAACCAACGAAGAAUGGCAAAGAGGAUAAAAGUUUGACUUCCGAGGAUACGGAGGCCGCUGCCGCAGAUGUAGUCGUGUCGUAUCAUCGGGGAUUACCGAGGAUCACGGUGCCACUGCCAUCCAGGAAGGAGCAGUGCGUGUUUACCCUGAAACCAAUCACGCACACGGUAGGAGACCUUAUUCAGAUGCUGAAGAAGGAAGAUCGUGGCAUCGAUCGGGCAACCGUGACAACCACCGACGGCAUCAGGAUAGGUUCCAACAACACGAUCGAGUCGUUAAUGGAAAACGAUUUUCGACUGGUGAUAAACGACAUGGAGUACUUAGUGACGCCGCCACUGCACCACAAGCACACGAUGGAGAAUUUAGAGUCAUUGUCGGACGUCCGAAUGAUAAUCGGUCAGCUGUACGAGACACUGCAGGUUCGAGAGCACUAUGCCACCAUGGAAAAGCAAGUAUUGGCAGAGUUAGAGGCGGUCAGAUUGGAACUGGAACCUCUCGAACAGAAGCUGCGAGAGUUAGAUGCCACCGCGGAAAGGAAGGCGAAUAUGUUCAUUUGGGUGUGUCUUGUCCUAAUGUCGAUUCAAUUCAGCGGCCUAGCCAGACUAACUUGGUGGGAAUACUCGUGGGACAUCAUGGAACCGGUUACAUAUUUCGUCAACUAUGGCACCACGAUGGCCUUGUUCGUCUACUUCGUCCUAACGAGACAGGAAUACAUGCUGCCAGACGUGAUGAACAGGCGACAGCUGGUCUCACUUCACAAGAGAGCAAAGAAGGUUGGCUUCGAUCUGAAUCAGUACAACGCCCUGAAGGACCGUGCCUACGAAUUGGAAACCACGCUGAAGAUCAUUCGCGGACCAUUGUACGAACACAAGAACCGUAUCGAACGACAGAAGAGGGAGAGGUCAAGUUCGAGUUCCUCAAGUUCAAGAUCACCGAGUUCCUCACCUAGUCCUAGUCCUAGUCCGGAAAGGACUCUCCCUAAGAGAGGAAUCUUUCCGCAGAAAGACACGUCGAAGAAACCGGUUCCUCCGACGGACAAAGAGACGAGAGAUUAUUGAUCGAGCAAGCUUCAAAGGAGUGGGAUCCCUUUGAUGUAUAAAUGUUAACGUUGAAAUCUCUUGGGGGGGAAAGAAGAAAAUUGUACUCAGGGCGAGAUCACCGAAUGACGCGCUUGUAACAUAAGAGAAGCAAAUAACAUAACGAGAGAAAGGGAAACGAUUAAGUUUCUUGUCAGUGUGGAAAAAGCUUGCAGACGUUCGACGUUCUUCGGCGGAGUCUUCCAAGUCGUACGACGACCCUCCUAAUCAACGAGUAUGUGUAUAAUAUAUUUGCCCGACGCUCAAUGUUGUUGACCGAUGUGCAUUUGGAAGACGUCGAUGAAAGAAAAUGUAUAUAUCAAACAGUUUUCUACUAGUACGAUUAUCAUUGACUAACAAAACUCGUUCGAAGAGACUCGACACGUUUCACAAGAAGAAACUGGUAUGAUAGAUCGAGAUGGAGGUUUCUUCGUGCAAUGUUUUAUGCCCGACUGUAGUGACUGCGGUGGAAAGAAAUGUUUGUCUCAUUUUCUCUCCUCGACUGUACAAAACCUUCGUGAUAAGUAUUUAAUUUAAAUGUAAUUCGAAAUUGGACUCUUAACGUUGAAUUUACCAUAGUUUGAUGACAAAGAGGAUCAUUAAAUUGAACAUCCUACUUCUAAGGAAUUAUCCUGUAUAUACGUUGAAUAUUUUUAGUUAUAAUUCACUUACGAUUGUUCGCGCAAAUACUGUUUAAGAGAAACUCGACGAUCAAGGCUCAAAGACUUUUAAUUUAGAAACUGACUUUUCCGUCGCCGUGUAACGUUAUUUUUUCUACAAGAGGAUAUAUCGACAGCGAUGUUGUCAAUGUAAAUAUGUAUUUCUCUCGUUCUUUUUUUUUUUUUUUUCUUUAACUUGUACUUUGAUCAACGAAUGAAAUUUUAUUGCAAUGGACGUGGUACAGCGUACUUAAACUUCGUUUCGAUUGACGUUUUUCACUCACUGCUUGAAGAAAGAGACAAUGUACUUAUCUGAUAGUAUACUAUUAAUGGAAUUGAUCGUUUUCAAUUCUGCUGUUUUAUAUUCUUUCUAAUUGAUAUUAAGUAUCGUUUCGUUCGGAAACGUAGAAAAUUUCAUUCUUAUUCAAGGACUUCUUAUCUAAAUACUUCAAUUCGCGCGUUGCUUGUGAAAUUACGGAUUUGACCGACUCGCUUCGUCGCCGUUCAUAGUAGGAUUUUAACAUUCGACACUUACUUCGCUGAAUCUUUUAUUCUUACCAAAGUAAUGGUAACACAAUCAAAAGUUGAGGGUUUUUGCGCACCGGUACAAAUACAUCUUCGGCAUGUCUGUAAUAUUAUAUAAAGCUAAAAAGAUAUUGUACGGUUAACACUGUUAUUACUACCGUCACGCUUUAAAGUAUCGUUCACGAAAGUAUCUUAUAUAGGAUUAACAUAAAUUACUAUUUCUAGGAAACUGUUUAAAAAACUUUCUCUCGCUUUCCUAAAAGAAAAAAGAAUCCCUUAUCCGUCCGCUCAAAUAGCUCACCAGUGCGUAUUCAAUGACAAUUGCGCCGGUACAUUUCGUUUUGAAAUUAUCGUGUAUGUUCUUACACGCACUAGUAUUAAAUAUUUUUCAUUUUUCAACAAAACCAUCUCGAGUUGUAAUUUCAAACUAGCGAAAGAUUUUAAACAAUUAAGAAACACGCGUUUCAAAAUUCCGCGCUAGAAACUGUAACUACGGUGGUUCACGAAAAUAUUUUAACAUUUUUUAGUUCUUGUUCAUUCUCAAGCUGAUUCUAAACGGUUAAUUGUGAUAGAUGUAAUUAUAACAGCCGAGUCUCGUUAACAUUGUUAACAAAAGUUCAAAGCGUUUCGUACUGAUUGACGUGAUUCGCAGAAGGUAUUCCUGUCGAAUUGUUGAGAUACUUUCAUGGACCACUGUAUAUUUUCAUGUUCUACAAUUGUUACGUUGCGACACUGCGUGUAACAUAGAUGUUUACUGUACACUUCUGCAUGUAUAUCGGCGACUACCACUAAUUAGCGGCGAACUGUAGAGAAAGCGCAUUCAACAAUAUAGUAUACUGAUAGUCACUAGACCGCUAGCGAGUUAAAAUAGUUUGUUAUCGUACACGUGAUUAAAACACGAUAUCAGAGCACUUCUUCCCGAGCACAGGAAUUGAAAAUCCUCGCUUCUGCGAUUUUGUUUGAACUCAAUUUAAACUUAGAUUGCUCCCCCCUCGAUCAUUACUUUAAAGUUGUCCAGUGCCAACGUUCAAAUCGUUAUUUCUACCGUUCGCAUCGAGGUGAUUCAACAAUUUUUGUAAAUCGAUUCGAGAUCGAAUAAUCAGCAGACGAUUACACAACAGGAUGUCUCGACGUUCAAAGUAUCGCGAGUGAUAAUUAUAAUUACAAGCGUCGCUUUUUUUCCUAAAUCGUAUUCCCCGAAAGGAAAAGAAAUCUCUUCUUUCUGACAUAUUUUUUACGAUCUUUAAGGAAGAUUUCAUAUACAACUUUUUGUACAUACGUAGAAGAUACGGUACACGCAAAUCUACGUAUUAUUUUGCGAACGUUCUUGUUGCGCCGUUUACUCCUUACUGAGCUUAAUAAAAGAAAUGCCUAACUCUUUGAUGAUCGAUAAGAGAGAACGAAAAAAAAUACAAAGCUGUACCUCUUCUGGAUAUUCGGUAUAAUACUCGCCACUUGAAUAUAAAAUUAUUGUACAAUUGUUACUUGAAACACUCGUGCACGCCGAUCGAAAUUUUUCUUCUUCUGAUACGAGAAUUCAUUUAAGAAUCUCAACAAUCAUACGACUAUGAACAAAAGUGUUCUUUCAAUCGCGAAUCGUCAUUAUUAAUUGAUAAUGCUAAUUACUAAUGACGCUGUACACUGUAAUUCUACAUAGAGUAUAAACUAUCGACGUUUUUAAAUCGA